AUGAGCAUGCCUGUAAAGCAGCAGAAGGAUAAGCCAAAAGCCAAAGCUGUUCACGGGCAGAACAGUGAUGGUGCUUACUUGUUAAACUCGCAAAAGAAGAAUGCAGCUAAGAAUACAUUUGAAACACCAGAAUUAAAGUUAUCCAAACCAUUGGAUGAGAAAAUAGAGAUAAUUAACAAAAUGUAUAACAUUCUGAAUGUGCUUGGAAAGGGUGGAAGUUCUACUGUCUAUGAUUUCUUUAAUCCACAGACUAAAACAGCGUGUGCCAUUAAAUGUAAAAGGCUGUUUGUGGUACUGGAAAAAGGUGGAAAAGAUUUGGCUAUUAUAUUGAGGGAGUUAGUGUAUAGUUCCAACCAUAUGCCACUUUACAUGGUCAUUUACUAUUGGAUGGAAAUGCUUUACGCUGUUAAGGAGAUUCACAACAUAGGUGUUAUCCAAUCCGAUAUUAAACCCGCAAAUUUCGAGGAAUUCAAGGGUUGCAUAAAAUUGAUAGACUUUGGGAGCGUAUCGAGCGUUCAAACUAUUUUGAUUAUAUUUCUAUAUUAA